GUCUGGAAAUGUUAAAAAAAAGUUUUCCAUAUAAGUUAAUGGUAAUUGUUUCUUGGCUUUACACCAUUUCUGGAUGGCUCAGUUGGUUAAGUGACCAACUUCAGCUCAGGUCAAGAUCUCAUGGUUCGUGGGUUCGAGCCCCACACUGGGCUCUGUGCUGAGCACUUGCUUGGAGCCUGGAGCCUGCUUCAGAUUCUGUGUCUCCUUCUCUCUCUGCCCCUCCCCUGCUUGUGUUCUGUCUCACUCUGUCUCUCAAAAAUAAAUGUAAAAAAAAACCUUUUUUUUUUAAAGAAAGGUUUCAUAGGAACAUUCUACUAUCAGAUAGCAGGGAAAACCCAUAUCCAUACAGUAGAGUAUUAUUCAACCAUAAAAGGGGUGAAGCACUGAUAAAUGCUACAUCGAUGAAUCUUGAAAACUUUUUGCUAAUUUCAGAAAUCACACAUGUAAAGGCCACAGAUUGCAGGAUUCCAUUUCUGUGAAAUAUCCAGAAAAAGUAAAUGCAUAGAGACAGAAAGAUUCGUGAUUACCAUGGGAUGGAGGAAGGGGAGAAUGAGGAGUGGUUGCUCAAAGGGUUGGGGGUUUCCUUUAAGGGUGAUGAAAGUAGUGCUAAUGUUUGCAUAUUAUUAAUGUACUAAAUGCUAUUAAAUUUUAAGGUAUAAAAUUAGUUUUUGUUAUGUGUAUUUUACCACAAUCAAAAAUUGUGUAAUGACUGGAAAGUGUGUACAAGGAGACAUUCAGGGGUGACAUCUAAGAUGUUUAUUUUGUUUUGAGUGACGGUUAACACGGUUGUAUGCAUUUGUCAAGACUCAGCGAAUUUUACAUUGAAGAGCUGUGCGUUUUACUUUAUGUACAAUAUAAUUCAAAUUAACAAAAGAGUUCAAAGGGGUCUUUAGGGAACAAAGUGAAAAGGGUACGGGGAGCUGCCUUUUUCAUUAAAAACCUUUGCAUUACUUUUUAAAAACCAUGACUAUUAGUUAAUUUGGAAAAAAAUUAAAAUGUAAUUAAAAAUGUCCCCAUUCCGAUUCCAACCUCACCAACCAAGUUCUCCCCCUAAGCUCCAGUCCAGAGACUGACAGCCGUCCCGCGAUGCAAGGAGUCGGGCGCGAUCCACAGCCGUGGUCCCAACGGUAAACGUGUACCUGGUUUCUACCUCGGCUGUACCCCAGGGCUUGGCCACAGCAUUUGCGUCUCUGGGGCUGGGGACCGGAUUCCAGAUCCUGCCGCGGGAAGGAAAGGAGGGACGACGUCGAGGACACAAUGCGCAGCUCCACACCUGCCGAGGGCCGCCAGACGUUCCACAACGAGCCGAUCCAGGGGCGCUUUCCAACGCUCCACUCGCCCGGCCGGCCGGGCGGUGCAGCCUCUUCCUGCUCUUGGAACCAAUCACCGGCCGCCUGGCAGUGCAGGCAAAGAGCGGUGCUGGAAGCCACCGUCCGUCCAUCUUUCUUGAAGGCAGGAAGGCUCCGCCCCUCAGCCCACCUCUACCCAGUUCCCAUUCCGCCCCGCCCCGCCUAUCUCCUCUCCCACCCCACCUGCAGCGGCCAUUGUGGUUGAGGGCAAGUGGCCGCUGAGGCCAGAGAAGCCAGAUAGGCGCCAUGUUUGAUAUGAUCAAAGAAUGGCGCCCUUAAAGAAUCCAGAGACAACUGGAGCCAGGAUGUCGCCAUAUUUUCUGAAGACACCUUCCGGGUCUCUUAACCCGGCUGUCUAAAUCCAAGCUGCCAUGAAGUGAAUAAACACCGAGGGGUUUUGUUUGUCCCCAUCACACCCCCCCCGAAUCCCUAGCAGCCAGUCCCUGCUGCCUCGGUGCCCUCGACUGCGUCCGGACGCUAAGGCUGGGCGGGGCCCCGGCCUCCGGAGCCCUUCCUGUGGACGACGAAAGCUGAGGCCGCGCGCGGGGAGGCAGUGGCCUGGGGGACAGGGCGGCCGCUGCUCGGGGCCGGGAGGCCCCAUGGCGCCCCCCCCAGCCCCGCUCCUGGCGCUGAGACCGGGGGAGACCGGGGUUGGUUGUAAGAAGCCUGGGGCUGUGAGCUUCGCGGACGUGGCCGUGUACUUCUCCCCGGAGGAGUGGGGGUGUCUGCGGCCCGCGCAGCGGGCCCUGUACCGGGACGUGAUGCGGGAGACCUACGGCCACCUGGGCGCGCUCGGAUUCCCAGGCCCCAAACCAGCCCUCAUCUCUUGGAUGGAACAGGAGAGUGAGGCUUGGAGUCCCGCCGCCCAGGAUCCUGAGGAGGGGGAAAGCCUGGGAGGAGCUCUGAGAGGAGGCACCCCAAACAAGAAGGAAGAGGCAGCAGAGGAAGGGCCAGGAGCCAAGGGACCCAGAAAGACUCCUGGGAAGGAGCCUUCUAAAGAGCUGGUUAAACACAACCCUGACUGGACCGUAAGAAAGGUUUCGGCAAGAGCACAGCAACCCACCCACGCUGCCUGGAACCAGAGCACAGGUGUGCAGCCCUCGGUCCCGGUGCCCGGUGUGGACACUCAGGACAGCCAGCGGCGUCACGUGUGUGCGGACUGUGGCCGCCGCUUCACCUACCCCUCGCUGCUGGUCAGCCACCGGCGCAUGCACUCAGGGGAGCGGCCCUUCCCCUGCCCCGAGUGUGGCAUGCGCUUCAAGAGGAAGUUCGCUGUGGAAGCCCACCAGUGGAUCCAUCGCUCCUGCUCUGGGGGGCGGCGGGGUCGGAGGCCUGGGAUUCGGGCUGUGCCUCGGGCUCCGGUGCGGGGGGACCGGGACCCGCCGGUGCUGUUCCGACACUACCCGGACAUCUUUGAGGAGUGCGGGUGAGCUGCUCCAGCAGGCUGGGGUGGAGCCUGACGUUGGACUGCCUGGGCCCCCCAGGGAGGCUCCUGAGUCAGGGAUUUGGGACCCAGAAAUUCAUCCCUUGGGCUUCCCUCGAGGAUCCCUCAAGUUUUCAAACUUGUAAAAAGAAAAGUGCCUGUAAAGAUUCAAAUAGAUUAAACUUGACGCUACUCCCCUCUCAGGCUUUCCAAAAAACUGAAGAGGGUAGACUUUUCUCAAAGUGUUCAUCUCAGCAGCACAUGCCACCGAGAUCUUUCUGGGGUCUCAGAAACCAGCCCUUGCUGCUUCUCUACAGAGGAAGCAAAUGCUGAGGGGACUAAGGCCUGGGGAGGCCCCAGGGGGUGGCGAAGCCCUGGCUAAUUGACAGCAGCAGGGAGUCUGGGAAGUGAAGUGGGUGGAAAGAACACAGAUGCACCGAUCUAGUCUCUGCAACUUGUCCCCAGGCACAGCUGGUAAGUCACAUGCCAUCCCUGAGCCUCAGCUCCCUCACCUGUAAAAUAGAGAUUCAUAAUAUCUACCUCAGAGGGUUACUGUGAAGGCUGAAAUUUUAACAAGGUAGUAUGUACAACAUAGUAAUUGUGCAAUAAACAUUUGUGGGAAGAACAAA